CGCCGCGUUGUUAACACAUUUAAUUUACGGCUACACAAACCGUUAGAAAAUAAAUUUCAAAUAAAAAAACACACAAAAAAUUAUUAAACGGAAAUUAUUUUUAAGAAUUAAAAAGUUUAAAGUUUUUUUUUCUAAUAAAUUAAAAAAAAAAUAUAUAAAAUUAAAAAAAAAUAUAUUUUUUAUGCAAGUUUAAUCUAACAUUUAGGCGGUUUUGAGUUGUUUCAAAAAAAGAAAAAAAACUUUUUAAUAAAAAUUUGUCCAGUUUUUCAAUUUGUUUUUUAAAUUCUGUCGUGUAACAAAAACAUAUCAUAUUCAAAGGUGCUAAACUUUAAGUUCUAUUGCGGUGAAAUUUAAGGACAAUUUUUGAAAAUUACUUCAACGUAUACUUAAUAUUGAAACAAAGUUUUAAAGAAAACGGCGGUGCUGUUAUAUACAAACAGAAAUAAAGUGUGUGUGUGUGUAUUUGUGUCUUUAAAAGAAAAAAUUCAUAAACAAUUUAAGAUUUGCUCUUAACUUUUCCGUUGGCGUAUGAGUUUUUUUUAGUUACAUAGACGUAUGAGUGUUAUAAAUAAAGGAUAUUUAUUGAGAAACAUAUUUCUUUAAAACUUAAGUGAAUGUAAUAAUUUUUUUGAAAUAAACUUUAAAAUAUUUUCAUGUGUUAUGGGAUUAAGCUCAAUUUAAGGCAAUAAAGACAUUUCUAUUGUGUUAACAGCAAAAUAUAACUUUUUAAAUAAUUAUUAAAUUAAUAUUUUUACAGUUCAUACAAAAGCAUACAAUUAAGAAAAAUUUUGCUUUAAAAUACUGAAUAUUUAAAUUAUUAUUUACAGUGCGUAUGAGUUAUAUUAAUUUCUACUCUAAGCGUAUGAGCGUAAUUUACAGUGCGUAUGAGUUAUAACAAAAUUUAACGGGAAUUCUUAAAAAAGGACUUUAUCUUUUUAAUAGUUUACAUUAAAAACAAACUUUUAAGAAAACUUUUCAAAAAAAUUCCUUAAAACAACACAGUGCGUAUGAUUAAUAUACAGUGCGUAUAAGUAAUAACAAAAGCGUGAGAAAUUUAACGAUUUCCCUGAAGUGUUAAUGAAUUUUAAUGAAAAUUAAUAAAAAUUUUAAAACAUGAAAAUAAGUUUUCAAAUGUUAGCCAGAGCGUAUGAGUGUUAAAAAAACAAAUUAAAAAAACUACACAGCGUAUAAGUUUUAAAGAAUUAAAAAAACUGCAUUAAAUGUUAAAGAAAACUAUAAUUUAAAAAGAAAUUUGUAGCAACUUUUUCAAAAACAAACUUAAAAAAAAUCAAGAAAAUCUAAACACAUUUAUGUUGAACUAUUUAAAGCGUAACUGUAAUGGACUACACAGCGUAUAAGUGUUGAAAAUUAAAUUGUUAAGCAAAAAAUACAGUGGAACUAAAUAAUUACAAUAUAAAACGCCUCACAGUGCCUACAAACUAAAAGUACACAACAAACAGUAAACAAUUUUAAUGAAAACUUCAAAAAAAAUGCAUAAAAAUUCUAAAUUUUUAAAUAUCAAAAAUUAACUUAAAAAAAAGAUUUAAGCUAAAAAAAAGAAAACUUUUUACUACAAAAAUUUAACAAACGUCCUUGUGCCUCUGUUUUACUUCACUUUUCUCCACCCACAAAUGUGAAUGAGAAUAGAAUAGAAAAUUUUAUAACGUAAAAGAUGCUCUCGUAAAGUAUUACGUCGUAAUGCUGACGUCGUUGAUAAAGUGAAAGGAAAAAAAUGUAUACUACUAAAUAUUAAAUACAAAAAAAUAUAUAAAAAAGUACUUAAAAAAUACCCACAAAAAAGUGUUAUCAAAAAACAACUUUUAAACGCAGAAUUUUUCUUUAAAAAAUUAGAAAAAUUUUCUACAACACAAUUAACGGAAAAAACGGCGUGCUGGAGCUGGAGAAUUUUAUAACGCGCCUGAGGGUUUUGAAACCUUCCACAGGUGUUUAUUGAAUGUUAAAUGUUGUGUAAAUGUUUUGUUAUUUUAAUUAUUAUGUUAUUUAAAUCAUACUUCUUUUUGUCACAUAAAACUUAACAAACCAUAGAAGAACUAAAGAAAAUGUUUAUAAUAUUUUACUUAAACGUUCUUAAGAUUUAAAAAUAAAAUGCGUAAUCGUUUGGCCUCCUUGAUAGUGGUGAAACAAGAGCCCUCCAACUCUUUAGGUAAUCCAACAAAUACUUUAAACUCUUCCCAUACAUCCAACGCUAUACCAUUGUCUCCCUCUUUUGAGAUUAAUAAUAAUCAAAUAUUUAAUGAUAACACCAAUUUGGCCAUAAAAACAGAAUUAAAUGCCUAUGAGAUAAAUAAUAAUCAUAUACAAUUAAGUGAUAGCUACAAUUUUAAUACAUAUCAGCAGCAUACACAACAACAUCAACAACAUUCUCAGCAGCUGCCUUUACAGCUUAAACCGACACACAACAAUCAUUUGUAUCCCUUACACUCUCAUACGCCACACCAACAACAACAGCAGCAUCAGCAAAUUGUACAUACUUCUCCUGCUACUACUACUAUCGCCAACUCAGCGAAUUUAAUUUAUCCUUGUCGUAAUUUAUUUCCUGAUGGUUGUGAUAUUUCUCAUCAUCAUCAUUUGAAUUGUUCUAAUUUUUCCAACUUCAAUUCAAAUCUAAAUGAAUCGACCACUUUAUUGUAUAAUUCUCAUAGUGAUAAAUUUAUUUUGAAAUCGGAACCUUUAUCAUAUGAACCGCCACAUCAACACACUAAUCUGCAGCAACAGCUGCUAAACUUACAACACACUGCCAAUGAGCAGCGCUCUUCUUUGGAAUCAUCUUCAUCUUCCUUGUCUCUAGACAAUCAAUGGUGUUUAUCAAAUUUAUCGGGUAGAAAACAAUACAAUAGUUUUCAUAAUUCUUCAUCGCCGGAUUAUACUAGUUGUCAGAAAAAUAGCCAUAACAACAACAACAACAGUGCAGCAUUUAACACUAACGCCAAUUUACAAGAAGAACGUGCAACAGCAACGUUACCUACACCCACAACAGCAACAACAACAACAAACACAACUGCUGCAGCAUCAGCAACGGUAUCAUCAACAACAGCUACAACUGUGACACCACCUCUUAAAACACAAACUACAGCUAAUACAACACCACCGAAGAUCUCAGCAAUAAUAACAACUACAAAAACAACAGCGACAACAACAAGCAACCAACAAACAUUUAAUAAUAAAAAUAAUAGCAAUAGCAUCAAUAAUACUAGUGGUAAUACUAAAUUGCUUAAAAUAAAAACUGAAAUCACAACAGCAAUAGAACCAGAACAAGAAGAGACCCGGUCACAAUCAAUUGUUACCACUAAAACAACAAACAAUCGAACUACUGUAUCAUCUGCUAAUUCAAUAAUAAAAACAACAAUAGCUGUUACUACAACAACAACUGCAGCAGCUGGAGCAACAUCAUUAGCAUUAUCAACAUUAAGUAGUACAACAGCAAAUCGUCUAACAGCCAAUAACAAUCAGCAGCAGCAAAAUCAACAUCACAAGACUCGGUCAACAAACGCUACAACAAGCAUGUUACUAUUGCAACCAAAUAACACUUUCGGUACUCUUUCUCCGUUUGAUAAUUUUUCCACACAAUCAAACUCUCAACAAAACCAAACUCAAGCGUCACAACAUCAUCCUCAUCAUCACCAUCAUCAUCAAAACCACAACAAUCCUUUACAAAAUCAAAGUGGUGGACACCAGCAGCAUCAUCAUCAUCAUCACCACAACCAUAACGUGACGUCGAAUAGCGGUAAUCAUCAUAUAUUGUCGGUGGCUUCAGAGGAUCAUUUAAUUGGUAACUUAACGGAUACCACUACUUCAGAGCAUUCGGAGUUAAUUGAUCACACUUUUAAUCAAUUGUCAGAUUUAUUUUUUCCUGCCGAUUCCAAUCAAUCUUUACUUUCACCUACUAUUGAUCAAAAUCCCUCCCGGGAUACAGAGACAUCUGCGCAUCAUCAUCACAAUCAGCUACAAGAUUUACAUUCUUCCUGUGAGACUUUGGUAGGCUCCAGUGAGGAUAUUACAAGCUCUAUUGAGAACCUAACAAAAUUAACCUGCCUACGUGAAAAAAGACUUUCCUCCAUACCCGAACAACAUACCGCUACUACACCCAACUCGGAACAAGAUCACUCUUCGUUGUGUUUUGAUCGUUCUACACCUCAAGAAAUUGGUCUUCUCAGUUUAAGGUCCAGCAGCGAUCCGGCCAUAGCUUUACAUACUCUACAAGAAAGACAAGCUUUACAACAACAGCAACAACAAUCCGGCCAUCAUAUUGGUCACUCACGUUCCGGUGGAGAUCCUCUUUUAUCGCCCCUGGGUGGACCACUCUCACUACCCAGUUUUCAAGAAACCUACUCUCUCAAAUACGGUACAUCAUCUUCUACUUCAGAUUCUUUAACUACGGAACUAACUAUUAAAAUGGAUGAAGAUUGUUAUCCAUUGUCCACUUCAACAGAGGCUAUAGGUGGUCCAGCAUUAAAUCAACACACCUCCUCCAACAACACUAAUACAUCCGUCAGCUCACAUCAUCAGGCAACACACUCACAACAUCACCAACAGCACGCUCAUUUACAUUCACAGUUGCAGAAUCAACAUAAUUUAGCUGGAAGUCAACAGCAUCUGCACAGCCAACAACCGCAGACAAGCAGCAAUUUCAGUUAUCAUGGCCAUUUUAAUGCCACAACGACUCCAGCUUCAUCAAGUUCUUCGGCUUCCUCUUAUGAGUUUAAUAACGGUUCCAGUUCGGGCAAUGAAAAUGUGCAAAAUUUCAAUGCAUCCCCAGGGGGAGAAAGUUUCUAUCAGCAAUAUCAGCUGUCCUCACAACCAAAUAACUAUCAAUCUUCGGCAGCUGAACGUUAUAGUUUACCCACAUUUCCCACCAUGUCCGAAUUGGAAGCAGCCUCGGCUGCAGCUUCUAAUGUAGCUUUGGCUCCACUGCGCCGAGCUUCAUUGCCCGUCAAUCGUUCGGAAUCGCCCAUCAGUCAUAGUCCGAAACUUCCUAAGCUGAUAAUUGGUAGCGGUAGUAGUUCGUCACUACAUCUAAAGCAUCACACACAUUCACAACUGUCAAGCGCACCAAGCUCAGCAUCCAAUUCGCCCAGUGUGCGACAGCAAACAUCGACUCCUAUACUUCAUCACAUAACACAAACAACAGAUUUGCUCAAUGGUCGUGUAAUACCGACACCACCCUCCCAAUUGUGUGCGGUAUGUGGUGAUACAGCUGCUUGCCAACAUUAUGGCGUAAGAACGUGUGAAGGCUGUAAGGGAUUCUUCAAACGUACCGUCCAAAAAGGUUCCAAAUACGUCUGCUUGGCCGAUAAAAAUUGUCCGGUCGACAAGAGACGACGCAACCGUUGCCAAUUCUGCCGUUUUCAGAAAUGUUUAGCCGUCGGCAUGGUCAAGGAGGUGGUGCGAACCGAUUCCCUUAAAGGUCGUCGAGGACGUUUGCCUUCCAAACCUAAAUCACCACAAGAAUCACCACCAUCCCCACCCGUCUCUCUUAUAACCGCUUUAGUACGUUCUCAUGUUGAUACCACACCUGAUCCCUCUUGUCUCGACUACUCACAGUAUCGUGAACCUUCACAAGCCGCCUCACCAGUCGUGAUGAGUGAAGCCGAAAAGGUUCAACAGUUCUAUAAUCUUCUAACGACUUCGGUGGAUGUUAUUAAACAAUUUGCCGAAAAAAUACCCGGCUAUUUAGAUCUAACAGCGGAAGAUCAAGAGUUACUUUUGCAAUCGGCCUCUUUGGAAUUAUUCGUUUUACGUUUGUCUUAUCGGGCACGUGUCGAUGAUACCAAAAUGACUUUCUGCAAUGGCAUCGUUUUACAUCGGAGCCAAUGUCAACGUUCGUUUGGUGAUUGGUUGAAUGGUAUUUUAGAAUUUAGCAAAAGUUUACACAAUCUGGAAAUUGAUAUAUCGGCGUUCGCUUGUCUAUGUGCGUUGACACUUGUUACAGAACGUCAUGGCCUACGAGAACCGAAAAAAGUCGAACAGCUACAAAUGAAAAUCAUAGGUAGUCUACGAGAUCAUGUAACCUAUAAUGCCGAAGCACAAAAGAAACCACACUAUUUCAGUCGGUUACUGGGUAAAUUACCCGAACUAAGAUCGUUAAGUGUACAAGGUUUACAGAGAAUAUUCUACUUGAAAUUAGAAGAUCUAGUACCAGCGCCCGCCUUAAUUGAAAAUAUGUUUGUGGCGAGUUUGCCAUUUUAAAAAUCCCAUAAAUUCCUCUAAUAAAAAUAUAAAAAAAAAUAAAAAUUAUGUGUAAAAAAUAAAC